CAACUCUCUACCAUUUUCCUCCGCCUCUGGUUGUCAAGAAGAUGGCAGCUUCCAGGCAGGCAUGAGAGGAAAUAUUUCUUCUCAAACCGAAUGAAUUUGGGUUAUAAUUGCCAGAUUAGAUCACCUACCCGCGUAUUUGCAAUUACUGCAUCGAAAUAGAAGUCAUGUCUGCCCCUGGCUCCGCGGUGUCUGGGACCACGGCGUCGGUUCUGCAGCCGCGGUGGAAACGGGUCCUCGGGUGGUCCGGUCCCGUUCCCCGGCCCAGACAUGGUCAUAGAGCCGUGGCUAUAAAAGAGCUCAUGGUUGUCUUUGGCGGUGGGAACGAAGGCAUUGUGGAUGAAUUACAUGUAUACAACACCGCAACAAACCAGUGGUUUAUCCCAGCGGUCCGUGGUGACAUCCCCCCUGGUUGUGCUGCCUAUGGUUUUGUCUGUGAUGGCACAAGAUUGCUGGUGUUUGGUGGAAUGGUGGAGUAUGGAAAGUACAGCAACGACCUCUAUGAGCUACAGGCUAGCAGGUGGGAAUGGAAAAAAUUGAAAGCAAAAAACCCAAAGAAUGGGCCCCCUCCUUGUCCUCGUCUCGGCCACAGUUUUUCCCUUGUUGGUAACAAAUGCUACCUGUUUGGUGGAUUGGCCAAUGACAGUGAGGACCCAAAAAACAACAUUCCCAGAUACCUAAAUGAUCUGUACACACUUGAGCUUCGUGCUGGUUCCAGUGUGGUUGGAUGGGAUAUUCCAAUCACUUAUGGAGUUUUGCCUCCUCCCCGUGAGAGCCACACUGCUGUGGUAUACACAGAAAAGAUAAGCAGGAAAUCUCGCCUGAUAAUAUAUGGAGGGAUGAGCGGCUGUCGUCUUGGAGAUCUGUGGACACUUGAUAUUGAUACCCUGACAUGGAACAAACCAUCAGUAAGUGGCACAGCUCCACUUCCUAGAAGUCUUCACUCUGCCACCACCAUCACAAACAAGAUGUAUGUGUUUGGAGGAUGGGUUCCUCUGGUAAUGGAUGAUGUCAAGGUGGCCACACAUGAGAAGGAAUGGAAGUGCACUAACACUCUUGCCUGCCUAAAUCUCGAUAACAUGUGUUGGGAGACAGUAUUGAUGGAUACACUAGAAGACAACAUCCCCAGGGCCCGUGCUGGCCAUUGUGCUGUGGCCAUCAAUUCCAGACUUUAUGUUUGGAGUGGCCGUGAUGGUUACCGCAAAGCCUGGAACAACCAAGUCUGCUGUAAAGACCUCUGGUACCUGGAAACAGAGCGUCCACAUGCCCCCGCCAGGGUACAGUUAGUCCGUGCCAAUACAAACUCUCUUGAGGUGAGCUGGGGAGCAGUUUCCACUGCUGACACCUAUUUACUGCAGCUACAGAAGUAUGACAUUCCUGCAACUCCAGCUGCAGCCUCACCAGCCAUGAGCACCGCCCACUCCCUGCCUAUAAACUCUCCAAAGAGCCCUGCACCCGCUGCAGCAGCGCCCUCUGCUCAGAGCUUCCCACAGACAGCUGUCUUGAAAGUAGCAGCUCAGCAGUCUGCAACAGGCGCGUCUGUUGUCACAGUACGCCCCAGCCAGCCUGGGAAGUCCCCUGUCACUCUGACAUCACUUCCUCCAGGUGUUCGAAUGGUAAUGCCUGCCCAAACCACCCAAGGAUCGCCAAUUGGCAGCAGCCCUCAGAUGAGUGGCAUGGCAGCUUUAGCUGCAGCAGCUGCAGCAACACAGAAGAUCCCACCCUCCUCCGCAGGGACGGUUCUCAAUGUUCCUGCGGGUGCCACCAUUCUCAAAACGGUAGCUGUUUCUCCUGGCACAACCACAAUGAAAAUGGCUUCUCCAGUCAUGGUCAGUAACCCAGCCACACGCAUGCUGAAGACGGCUGCAGCCCAGGUGGGCACAGCAGCCGGUUCCUCGCCCAACACCAGACCCAUCAUCACUGUGCACAAGUCUGGUGCAGUCACGGUAGCCCAGCAGGCACAGGUGGUAACCACUGUGGUGGGAGGAGUCACAAAGACCAUCACCCUGGUCAAGAGUCCCCUCACCAUGGGCAGCAGUGGCACUCUGAUCUCCAACCUUGGCAAGAUGAUGUCUGUGGUACAAACCAAGCCAGUGCAGACGUCGGCUAUCACAGGCCAGGCUUCCACUAACCCUCUCACACAGCUCAUACAGACAAAGGGUCCGCUCCCAGCGGGAACCAUCCUGAAGCUGGUGACCUCUGCAGAUGGCAAGCCUACAACCAUCAUCACCACUUCGCAGGCAGGAGGCACAGGAAACAAGCCCACUAUCCUCAACAUCAGUGGUGUUUCUCCUUCCACCACGAAGCAGGGCACCACAAUCAUUAAGACUAUCCCCAUGUCAGCCAUCAUGACACAGCCUGGAGCCACAGGUCAUACUCGUUUUACAACAGCUUUAUCUCAACAUAAUAAUGGUGUGACGAGCAGUGCAGGCAUGAAAACGCCUAUUACAAUUCUUACUACAAAGGUGAUGACCACUGGAACUCCUGGUAAAAUCAUCACUGCGGUGCCCAAACUUGGUACUGCGGCCGGCCAACAAGGACUGACGCAGGUGGUCUUGAAGGGUGCUCCAGGACAACCAGGAACUAUACUGCGCACCGUUCCCAUGGGCACGAUGGGUGGCGUUCGACUUGUCACACCUGUGACUAUGUCGUCCAUGAAGCCAAAUGUCACCACACUCGUUGUCAAGGGGACUACUGGUGUCACCACCCUUGGAACUGUCACUGGCACAGUCUCCUCAAGCCUUGCAGGAGGUGCAGGGGACAAUUCCAGUGCCUCACUGGUCACCCCUAUCACCACACUAGGAACCAUUUCUACCCUGUCCAGCCAGGUAAUCAGCCCAGCUGCCAUAACUGUGUCAGCUGCUCAGACCAGCCUGACCUCUGCCUCCACACUGCCAUCCUCUACCAUCACAGUACAGAACCAGCCCACACAGGUGACUCUGAUCACAACUCCCAGUGGAGUAGAAGCUCAACCGGUGCAGGAUUUACCCGUUUCUAUCCUGGCUUCACCAACCUCUGAGCAGCCCAGUUCAACUGAGGCUGGGGAAGGUUCUGGCACCGUCACCCUCGUCUGCUCUAACCCACCCUGUGAAACCCACGAGACAGGAACCACCAACACAGCCACUACCUCCUCUGCUACGAUUGGAGCUGGGCGGGUCUGUUCAAAUCCACCAUGUGAGACCCAUGAAACGGGAACCACCAACACAGCCACAACUGCGUCAUCAAACAUGUCUGCACUCCGUGUGUGCUCCAACCCGCCGUGUGAGACCCAUGAAACUGGGACGACUAACACAGCAACCACGGCCUCAUCGAACAUGGGAGGUGUCCAACAGGUGUGCUCCAACCCGCCGUGUGAGACCCAUGAAACUGGGACAACCAACACAGCAACCACAGCCUCAUCGAACAUGGGAGGCGUCCAACAGGUGUGCUCCAACCCGCCGUGUGAGACCCAUGAAACUGGGACAACUAACACAGCAACCACAGCCUCGUCUAACAUGGGAGGCGUCCAACAGGUGUGCUCCAACCCACCCUGUGAGACCCAUGUGACAGGAACCACCAACACAGCCACUCAGGCAUCAUCGAACAUGAACGCUGGCCAGACGGACACCACACAGGGGGGUUUUUCCAACCCACCCUGUGAAACACAGGGGACAGGGACUACCAACACCCCGUCCACAGCAACAUCCAGUAUGGGAGGUGAGCAGACCAGCACAACAGCAGGCCUAGUUCAGAGGGUGUGUUCCAACCCACCCUGUGAAACGCACGAGACGGGGACCACCAACACAGCCACCACUGCCACCUGCAGCAUGGAGACAGGCGAAGGCACAGCAGCUCAGCAGUCAGAGGAAGGAACCGAAGGUACCAGCAGCACAGAGGCGGUGUCUACCACUGCAACAACUAGUAUGGUCACCACCACCACCACCACCCAGGGCAGGGCCAUUACUACUGUCACCCAGUCUACACCAGCGCCUGGUCCCUCUGUACCGUCAAUUUCAUCAAUCACAGAGGGUGUGAGUACUGUCGCCAGCUCUACAGAGGAACCAAUGCAGACUGAAGAGGCAGCAUCAGCAGAAGCUGCACCUACAGAGGCAUCUACUGCCAUGGAGACACAAGCAGAAGGAGAAGCAGCCACAGCGACAGAUUUGAACUUACCCUCAGAGCUGAUGUCUGAGGGUCAGGGAGCCACUCUGAUGGUGACAGGUCUGUCAGACGAGGAGCUGGCUGUGACUGCCGCAGCAGAGGCCGCCGCUCAGGCAGCAGCCACUGAAGAAGCUCAAGCCCUGGCUAUCCAGGCUGUCCUCCAAGCAGCUCAGCAAGCUGUAAUGAAUGAGAGUGAGUCUGUUGGAGAUAGCCAGCAACCCACCACCAUCCCCAUCAUGCUAACCCAGCAGGAGCUGGCGGCACUGGUGCAGCAGCAGCAGCUGCAGGAGGCUCAAGCAGCAGCCCAACAAGCUGCUGUAGACACAAGCUUACCUACUGAGGGCCUGGCCCCUGCUGACAGCCUCAAUGACCCCUCUGUCGAGAGCAAUGGACACAAUGAGAUGGCUGCAGCUGUCACCAGUGCUGUAGUGUCUCUGCUGCCCCGCACCACUGCUGAGACACUCGCUCCAUCGAGCACCUUUGCACCCUCUGUAGCAGUGGCAAGUCCAGCCAAGAUGCAAGCAGCAGCAGCUGCUCUAGCAGAAGUCGCCAAUGGCAUUGAAGGAGAGAAACAAGCUCCUCAGCCAACCCCAGUGAAACCCAUUGUAAAGAAAGAGAAUCAGUGGUUUGACGUUGGAAUCGUAAAGGUGACAAAUAUGGUCGUCACGCACUUCUACAUGCCAACCGAUGAAUCUCAAGGAGACGACGACUCUGGCACCAUGCCUGACUACAGCCAGAUGAAAAAGAUGGAGCUGCAGCCUGGAACAGCUUAUAAGUUCCGCGUUGCUGGAAUCAACGCUUGUGGUCGUGGAUCUUUCUCAGAGAUCUCUGCAUUCAAGACUUGUUUACCAGGUUUCCCAGGAGCUCCCUGCGCCAUCAAAAUCAGCAAGAGCCCAGAUGGAGCACACCUGACCUGGGAGCCACCAUCUGUGACUUCAGGGAAGAUCAUCGAAUACUCCGUGUACCUGGCUAUCCAGAGCAACCAGACAGCCGAAGCAAAGGCCUCCACCCCAGCCCAGCUAGCUUUCAUGCGUGUGUAUUGUGGACCCAACCCUUCGUGCUUGGUGCAGUCGUCCAGCCUCUCAAACGCCCACAUUGACUACACCACCAAGCCUGCCAUCAUCUUCCGCAUUGCCGCCCGCAACGAAAAGGGCUACGGUCCCGCCACCCAAGUCCGAUGGCUGCAAGAAUCCGGCAAAGACGCGGCCUCUGCAAAACCAGCCCCCAAAAGACCAGGCACCUCUCCUGAUACUAAGGUUACUGGUCCAAAGAAAGCAAGAACGGACCAGUGAGGUCGCCCAGAGACCCCUCCCAGUCACUGUCCUUUUUCCACUCGCUGUCCUUUUAUCAGGAAGACUGACCUUCACCCCCCACCUCCACAUCCUAAUCUCAUCCUUGACCCUCAAGUCUCAGAUCAAGACAGCAGUGGAGGCAGAACAACCGUAUGAAGCCCAGAUGAAAGUCAAUCUGAGAUCUGAUGUUUUUGUAGAUAAAAGCCCUCCUUCCUCAUCGUUCUGUUGGUCGUCCUAUAUUUAGAUCAACACAAACUUAGAAGCACAUUAUCUUUUUCAGUCAUAUCCUCUUCCAUCCUUUAACAUCUUUUUUUGGCUUGUUUCAGUAGUUCAGAGCAGUAUAGAGAAGCAUUUACAUCUUUCACAAACUGGGAGUCAGCCUGAGCGCAAUGUUACCCUUUUUUUUUUUUUUUUUUUGUCUUUUGUUUUUGUGAAACCUGGGGACGUAGAGAAAGACUACAUGAGACGAUGUACAUUGUUGAAAAAGGCUGUGAAGGCAGUAGUUUAGCUGAGAGGGGAAAAAAUGGUAUAGAAACAAAUAAAGCACUUGUCCUCACCGAAAGAGGACAUCAUUUCUUUUUUUCUCCUUUUGUUUUUGCUCAAAACAAAUGUGCAUCAACAAGAACCAAGUCUGUAUAGUCAUCGUACUGGACUCUAGUCUCCUGCUAAAGUCAUCACUGUGCGCUUUUUACCCCAAGAUGAGGACUGGUGGCCAACACUUGGACGUGGACAAAAGAGAAGAAUGACAAAGGAAGAGACUUGUGGAGAAUGAAUGACAAGACUUUGCUAGAAGUGAGACAGACUUGCAGCACACAGAAAAAAAUAUUGCAAAAUCUUCCCAAAAAAUUAGCAAGCAAUGACGCAGAUCUUUUGUGUAGUUUAUUUUUAUAUUUUUUAAGCUUUUUUUCUCCCGUGUGUAUGGUGUGUGCAUUUUUAAAAGCAUCUUUUUUUUUUUUAGCUGUUGUCCAUCCCCCCCUAUAGUUUGUGUUUGUGGAAAGAUUAGUGGCUGUGUUGAAGUUGCCACUAUAUUUUAAAAACAACAAACAAGUUGAUUUGGUCACAUGUUCCUGUUGUUGACAGAUGGUGAUGAAUGAGCGAAUGACUUUUGUAAUUGUUCCAAUAGAACUGUGGAGGUUAUAGGACUGAAGGGAACUUUGGAUUUGGAUCCAGGGAGAGGAGAGUUUUCACUUUCUUUACUACUCAGUGCUUGUGUUGCUUUGUUUGCCAAACGUGGAGUUCUUGGGGUAUGUGGAAAAAAAAAAAUCAGACUUUUUCCGCGUUAAUAUCCCAAUCAGUUGUCCUUCACUUUUUAUGCUUAUGAAUGUGGUGUCUCAACUCUUUAAUUUUUUUUAGAAAGGCAAAUUAUAUUAGUAGACCUAUUUUCCCUAUCCUAUUGAUGUAUGUGAAUCCAUUUAAUAAAUUUUAAUUUUUUUCCUUCCACGGCUCUGUAUUUCAGACAACAGAUGGUGUGCAAACAAACUGUGCUAUGUCUUUCAAUGGGAUAUCAAAGGAAGAAAGCUUACACUGCAGGAGUGAACUCGCCUGUAAAUUAGUUCGUUCAUAGAGCAAAGAAUAAAACAAACAAAAAAAAAAGAACAUCUUGGCCUUUUAUAUAACUACCUGUUACAAACUGUUUUUACAUGUUGGUCAUCUCUUGAUUACCUUUUGUGUCUUUACUUAUAAAAGAAACAAAUAUAAAUAUAUAUAAAUAAAUAUAUAUAGUCUCCUUGAUUGUUCUAAUUUGCUUAUGUCGAGCUGAUUCACUGUAGUCUCUGCACCGUUCAUUCUAGACUGAACAUGAGUUUAUAUCUUCCUCUAAGGGCAGAGUCAGUUGUGAUGGUAACGGCCAGGAAGGAAGAUUAGAACCAAGGUGUCCGCUUGCCGCCUUUUAUCGGCUCACACUUUCCAGUUUCCAUUAUGUGGUUUUUUCUGAUUUCUUUCUAGGAAAAAAAAAAACCUUUCUCGUCAUUUGCAUUCAUACUUUUUUGUGCGUGUCGGUGUGUCUGUUGAACAAAACUAGACAUGCAUGCAAAAGCAGUGUAUUUUAGUAGUGAUGCCUUAAGUUAGACCAUAAGCUGAAGGUUCGCAAAAAAAAAAAGAAACAUUUAAUGAGUUUGAUCCUCUCCUUGUGGUAUACAGUUGUGUCCUCUCCUUCCACAGUACCUUUCCUGGGUCACUCUUUUUGCACCCUUGUUAGAUAAAGUCGUCAUCAUCAGCAGUGCCGAGGUCGCUCUGAACUUUCCCUCUCACACUGGGACAAGUGCUGCUCUCAGCAAUCACAGGUGUUGUGAGUUUCCGUCGGCUGUUUGCAGGUUCUCUGGAAAUGUCCUGUAUUUUCCAAUGUGUGUUUUUUGUACUGUAGGGAGUAAUGUAUCUUUUAUCAUCAAAAAAUAAACAUGUUAAAGAGA